GCGGCUGCGGGGCCCGUCCGCCAUCGCGGCGCAGACAAAGCGGCGGCCGCUGCUAUGGCCCUGGCCAAUUACAGCAUCCUGAACCGGGCCCAGCUCACCUUCGAGUACCUGCACACCAACUCAACUACCCAUGAGUUUUUAUUCGGUGCCCUUGCUGAACUUGUAGAUAAUGCCAGAGAUGCAGAUGCCACACGAAUAGACAUUUACACUGAGCAACGGGAAGACCUACGAGGUGGAUUCAUGCUGUGUUUUUUGGAUGAUGGAACAGGAAUGGAUUCAAAUGAAGCUGCCAGUGUUAUUCAGUUUGGUAAAUCAGCCAAGCGAUCACCUGAGUCAACCCAAAUUGGGCAGUAUGGGAAUGGCUUGAAAUCGGGUUCCAUGCGGAUUGGGAAGGAUUUUAUCCUGUUCACAAAGAAAGACAACACCAUGACUUGCCUCCUCUUGUCAAGGACAUUCCAUGAGGAAGAAGGCAUUGAUGAGGUCAUUGUUCCCCUGCCCACCUGGAGUGCCCGGAACAGGGUGCCUGUGACUGACAACAUGGAGAAGUUUACUGUUGAGACAGAGCUAAUUUACAAGUAUUCCCCUUUCAAAUCAGAACAGGAAGUGAUGGAGCAGUUUAAGAAGAUCCGUGGUGAGAACGGUACCCUGGUGAUCAUCUUUAACCUCAAGCUAAUGGAUAAUGGAGAGCCAGAGCUGGAUGUUACUUCUGACCCCCGAGACAUUCAGAUGGCAGAAACGUCCCCAGAUGGAACGAAGCCUGAGCGCCGCUCCUUCCGUGCCUACACUGCUGUGCUUUAUAUUGAUCCCAGAAUGAGGAUCUUCAUAAAUGGACACAAAGUACAAACCAAGCGACUUUCCUGCUGCCUGUACAAGCCCAGGAUGUACAAAUAUACUUCAAACCGUUUCAAGACCCGUGCAGAGCAAGAGGUGAAGAAAGCAGAGCACAUGGCAAGGAUAGCGGAGGAGAAGGCUCGUGAGGCUGAGAGUAAAGCCCGUGCCCUGGAGCUGCGCCUUGGAGGGGAUCUCACGAGGGAGUCCAGGGUGACACUACGUCAAGUCCAGAACUCUGCAAUAACGAUGCGCCGGGAGGCUGAUGUCAAGAAAAGGAUCAAGGAUGCAAAGCAGCGUGCACUGAAGGAGCCCAAAGAAUUGAAUUUUAUCUUUGGUGUAAAUAUUGAGCAGCGUGAAUUGGAUGGCAUGUUCAUUUAUAACUGCAGUCGACUCAUAAAGAUGUAUGAGAAGGUGGGCCCGCAGCUGGAGGGUGGCAUGGCAUGUGGUGGAGUGGUAGGCGUGGUGGAUGUGCCCUAUUUGGUUCUGGAGCCAACCCAUAAUAAACAAGACUUUGCUGAUGCCAAAGAGUAUCGACACUUGCUGAAGGCCAUGGGAGAGCAUUUGGCUCAGUACUGGAAGGAUGUUGCUAUAGCCCAGAGAGGUAUCAUCAAAUUCUGGGAUGAAUUCGGUUAUUUAUCAGCAAACUGGAGCCAGCCUCCAUCUAGUGAACUGCGCUACAAACGCCGGAGAGCCAUGGAGAUCCCUACCACGAUUCAGUGCGAUGUAUGUCUGAAGUGGCGAACUCUCCCAUUCCAGCUGAGUUCAGUGGAGAAGAAUUACCCUGAUAGCUGGGUGUGCUCUAUGAACCCUGAUCCUGAACAAGACAGAUGUGAAGCUCCAGAGCAGAAGCAGAAGGUACCACUGGGAACUCUGAAGAAAGACUUGAAAUCACAGGAGGAAAAGCAGAAACAACUGACAGAGAAAAUUCGGCAGCAGCAGGAAAAGUUGGAAGCUCUACAGAAAACCACUCCAGUUCGGUGUCAAGCUGAUUUAAAGAAGUUGCCUCUGGAAGUGACCAUGCGGCCUUCAGGGGAGAACUCCCAGUCACAGACCCGACCUCAGCGUCCACGGUCUCCCCCUUUACCUGAUGUAAUCAAGAAUGCUCCCAGCAGACCACCACCUACACCUCUGCCCAAGUCCACCAGUCAGUUGAAAAAGAGCUCUUCAGCUUGGCCAAAUAUCAGCACUCCCAAACUAGCAAGCAUGCUCUCCAAAGAGGCCAGCACUUCCAGGACACACCAGCACACUGUGGCAGCUUGGAAGUCUAAUAGCACUUCAAAAACUCUUGACAAACCAGCAACAACAACAAAACCACCCUGUGCUGUUCUGCAGAACCCCAAAAGUUCACGUGAGACACCCAGUUCAAAAGCUGUCAAGGUGUCAGCACUAAAGAAAUCUGCAACUGUCAAGUGCUCACAGGCCUCCACCCCCCGGAAGAGGACCUUGAACACCACCACAGGGGAUGGAUCUGAGGAGGAGGGGGAGCACAAGAAGGAGAAAAAACGGGGCAAAUUUGUGGCAGUGAAAGAGGAGAAGAAGGAUUUCAAUGAGGUUGUGGUAGAGCUCACUGACAGUGCUGGGGAAGAAGAGCUAGCAGAACUGAAGAAAGCUCAGAAAGAUAAAGGGCUGCACGUGGAAGUGCGUGUGAACAAGGAGUGGUUCACAGGCCGUGUCACAGCUGUGGAGCUGGGCAAGCAUGCAGUACGCUGGAAGGUGAAGUUUGAUUAUGUUCCUACAGACACCACACCCAGGGAUCGCUGGGUAGAGAAGGGCAGUGAGGAUGUGAGGUUGAUGAAGCCUCCCUCUCCUGAGUACCAGGCUCCAGAUACGCAGCAGGAAGAGGAAGUUGUUGUGGCUGAACCUUCUACCUCAGACUGUGUCAGAAUUGAGCCAGACACCACAGGUCCCAGCAGCAGCCAAGAAACAGUAGACUUACUAGUUCAGAUCCUUCGAAAUUGUUUGCGGUACUUCUUACCUCCAAACUUUCCUAUCUCCAAGAAGGAGCUGAGUUCCAUGAGCUCUGAAGGGUUGUUGGCAUUUCCCUUGAAAGAAUAUUUCAAACAGUAUGAAGUAGGCCUGCAGAACCUGUGCAAUUCAUAUCAGAUGCGUGCUGAUGCUCGGGCCAAAGCCUGUGAAGAAAACCUCCGUGACUCAGAGAGAAAGCUCAAGGAAACACAGGAGAAACUGCAGAAGCUGCGGACUAACAUAGUGGCCCUUCUCCAGAAAGUGCAGGAGGACAUCGAUAUUAAUACAGAUGAUGAACUGGAUGCAUAUAUUGAGGACUUGAUCACGAAGGGAGAUUGAACAGCCCCAGUAUAAGUCCCAGAGAAGUAGAGCAGCUGGUUCCUGCAGUGGGAGAUGUGGAUUCCUGCAGUGGAGGACUAUGGCAGCUGUUGAGGAGAAAGGGGUUUUAGACAGUACUUCUGUUGUGUUAAUGUACAACUUGUUCUUGUGACUUUAUAUUAAAAAGACAUAUGUGCUGUUGGCAGGAGAAUUUUUAACAUUAUAGUACCCUGAAUCUUUGUAAAUACUUAUUUAAAAAAAAAAAAAAGGGAACUGUGCGUGAUAUGAUGGGAGGGUUGCUGUGUGUUUAGUGAGGUAAAAGUGUGGGGUUUUUUGCAACUAAUAUAUAUUAAUAUGCUAAACCUGGAAAACCAAAGCAGGCUGUCUCAAGUAAGAACCUGGCAGCAAAUUAAAAACAAGCCUUGAGGAGGUCAGGACUUCCAAGAUACUAAACCUGGACUAGAGAAAGCCAAGGCAGGAAUCUGAGCUUGGUGGAGUAGAUCAAAACAUGGUCUCUGUGCAAGCAUGAGUGGAGGGGGUGAAAUCUUGGUGGUUCUGAGGGAUCUGGGAGCAGGGGAUUGCCAGUACACGGAGGUUCCCAAAUACGAGAUCUCUGUACUCAGGUGGGAUUGUUACCAUGCUAACAGAGCCUGUGGAUUUUUUAGAAGAGGACAACUUCCUAGGCUGCGGGUAGUGAUUGCCAGAGAGACAAAGCUGGAGCUGAGAUUUUUUCUUAGCAGUCACCUUAUUGCACAAUUUUACUGCUGUUUCUUUAAGACAUAAUUGCAGUGACAGAAGAACUUGACCAGCCAAAAAUAAAGGGACCCUCUGUUCUGCUGUCACUCCCUCAGGUCUGUGUUGCUAUGAUCAAUGUAAUAUUCUAGGUAAUUGUAUUAGAAUGCUAGAAUUUGGAGCUUUUGGAGCCCUUCAUCACCGAGUCACAUCUGGCCCUGGGUCAGCAGCAAGGGAAAUGCCUUUUCCACUGGGGCUGCACUACAGCUCCUAACAGACCACUUAUGGCCAAGGUGACUAAACUUGCUGGUUAGCCAGGUUCUCAAGUCUGCUAGGGCAAGGUGUCCUUGAACUUGGUGCUCAGUACCUGGUGACUUGAAGAAACAUCAUCACUGAGAGGUGCCCAACUUCAGGAACAUCAAAUGAAAUGGACUAUUGAGGUUCUUUGGGUGACUGAAUACGUAAUAGAUGUUUUACAAAAAGUGUCCAAAUUAAUCAUCUGCUGCAUUGAAAAUCUUAAGCACUAAUGGUUUAUAUUCCUUGAGAACUUCUAUGUCCUUCAUAGCACAGGAGAGAGGGAAGACACUUAUUACCUGCACUCCAGGUCCUUGCCACAACACCCAGCGAGACUGCUUUCAUUCAGGAUCUAGGCAUGGACAUCCUACUAGAAAGAGGUAAGGAGCAUCCCCCCAAACCCCAUACAGUAUCUGGACAGAGGAGCAGCAUUAUUUGAAUGUAGGAGGCAGCUCCACCAGUCUUCUCAAUUUCCUUGGACAUGGAGGUUUUGUCAAUUGUGAUAGCACAUUUGUGCUUCAGAUGAAAGUGAUUGUUCUGUAGAAGCUUUUACAUUUAGGCAAAAGAAGAAAUCUGUCCUCUUCAGGUGUCCAGCAGAAGUUCUAAAGAACUAGAUUUCAUUGAAAUAUGGUGUAAAGAUACUGCUGCUUGCAAGCUUUAAUUCCUAACACUGGGAGCGCAUCAAUUUGAGACUAAUAGCUCUUACACAUUUCUUUAGUUUCCUAACCCUAUUCCUGCUCUCCUGCUAAGAAUGUUUUUUUCUUCUGUUCUUUGGAAACUUCUCGUUUCUGGUUUUACCUUGCUUUUUAUGGCAUUUAAUUUCCUAUAUCUUGUACCCAAGUCUUUUCAUUUGAGUUUCUUUCCCUUUCAGCAGUGCAAUUGAUGUGACUUCUCGAAACUUCCAUUUUGCAAGGAAAAGCAAGCUGAGAACUUUUAAGUGCUAAGAUUAAAAAAGUUUUACCUUCU